GAAAUUAAGUUGGAGCCUGCUGUUGACAGGUUGUGGAAAUCUUUAAACUCUCGUCAGGAACGCUGCCACUACGAUUGAGUCAUCGACAGGUGAGCAGCCUCCGCCACAAGAUGACGCGACUGGAAGCAACGACACACAGUCCGGUCAUGCGCCCUCCACUUUAGCCUUUGAGGAAUGGCAGCGAGCUGUUUUGCUGUUGUAAACCCAGAAAAAUUAAAUAAUCCAGCUGCCAGUAUGGACUUUAUUACGGGGGUAAAAGGUUGCGCAAUGACCACAUCGUUAUCGGUUGUCCACGAUGAGAUCAUCAUCGACAUUUUGGCCGCUAAUGGUUCUCAUAGUAAAGAACACGGCGAUACUGUGUUGCAGACUACGGUUGACAACAUUAUCAGCAACGAGGUUGCUUCUUGGAUAAUUAGCUUCAUCUCCGUUGGGCUGGUACCUCUGCUGUUUGUACUGGGCGUGCCGGGCAACAUUCUGUGCGCAGCAGUCUUCUGUAAACUGGGUUUGAGAGAGAGAAUCAACGUGUGUGUCUUUGCCUUGGGACUCGUGGACCUGGCCACCAUCACCUUCACCUUUUUCCUGUCUGCGGAGUGGGCUUACAGAAGCCUCACCGGACUCGAGCUCAACAUCUUUAUUCAAUACUUCGUAGGUCCAACUGGUUUCCUGUGGGCGUCCAUGUUUGUGUCGGCAACGAUCGCGUGCGAGCGGUGUUUCUGUGUGGUCAGUCCCUUCAAAGCACAGAGGUACAUCAAGACCUCCACCACUGCCGUUGUCAUCACAGUCGCCACUGUCGUCCUUGCUGGAGGAAUGUGCGCCAUCGCCGGUCCAAAGCACAAGGCGGUGAUGGUCUACGACCCAGUCACCAACACCAGCAAGAGUUGCGGUGUACCUCACCAGUUAUUACUUGGACAACAGAGAAAUCCUCGAUAUUUUCGACAUCUUCGUCUACUCCAUGGUGUUCCCUCUCGCCGCACUCGUCGUCAUCAUCAUCACCACUGCCAUCACUGCUGUUAAACUCAGCCACGCCGUCGCCUGGCGAGACCAGACAACCACCAGCAGCGUCAGCAACGACACGACAAAAGUAAGAACUUCCGGAAAAGAGGUGGCGCUCACGAAGAUGCUCAUCGCCACUUCCGUCCUCUUUGUUGUCUGCUUGACACCGGUGGUCACCGUUCAGAUGGCAAUGUAUUUCGUGCGUGACCUGAACUAUAACGGUCGUUAUGCUAAUCUAACCUCUGUCUUAUGGAAUAUUAUUAACUUUUUUAGGAUGUUGAACGGUUCUAUCAACUUUUUUGUCUAUUACAAAAUGGGCUCAAAAUUCAGAGAAACUCUGAGAGAGAUACUGCCGUUUUGCUUCUGUAGUAUACAGUCGAAAUAAUAUUUUUGUUGACACAGUAAAUAUAUGGAAUACACACCCAAUAAAUUAAAAUAAUAUAAUAAAGCGCAAUAACUGCUCGCAGGCUACAUUGCUUUACUUUUGCUGUAGUUCUGAAAAUUAAUUUUACAGGUGAGUAAAGUAAACUGCAACGAAAAUAUGGUAUCAUUUUUAAAGAUACGCAAACUAAAUAAUCUUACUGAGCCAAAAAUGUACGGCCAUUCUUCAUGUGAAAGAAUUAUUACGAACAGGCAACAAGAAAUAUAAUUAGAAAUUCUUGAUUUUGUAACUUAACAAGAAUAAACAAUGGCAAUAAUUUAAUUUAAUGGAAUUUGGUACUAUGAAUAAAUUACUCAGACGACGGUAAUCGUAUUUUCUAUAAUUAAUUUUAAAAUUGUAAUGGAGGCUAACAGUGGCACCAUCUAACGAGGGAAUUAUCUAAACAGUCGAGCGUUUGAACUGAAAUGACUCAAUCUACUAUUUAUACUUGUGAUAUAGUUUAAAAUAUUUUAGCUUACAUCGUACAUCAUACUUUUAUUUUGAAGCCAAGUUGAUUAAGGAAAAAGAAAGCCUGGUCUCCGUGUUGACAG